AUGCCAAGCCAUAAAGGUUUGAGUUUGGAGUUCAAAUUUUUUUCUGUAAACGCCCUUGCUACCCACUUAUCCAUCUACUUACCCAACUUCUUAUCUACUUGCCUACUUACCCAUCUAUUUAUCCACCUACCUUUCCAUCCAGCUAAUUGUCCAUCUCUUUACCCUACUAUAAUUAACAAUAAAUCCUCGUAUUUAGAGAGUACAACUAUUCGCAGUAGAGUAGGGAAUAGUACACAACAAGAAGAUCAUCCCUACUCACAGAUCUCAACAGUUGGUUAUUUACUGGAUAUUGUCUGUAUACUCUGGUUUAAACUAGGAGUACCUCUUGCCAAGGAGGACAACAUCGAUCUGAGAUCCGUCCUGGAUAAUAAAGUGAGCAGGUGUAUCCUGGUUCUUUUUAACCACUACAGGGAUACCCCAAUAUCCAAUACUGUUGUAUAUCUGGCAAGUUUUCUUUCCAGUUCUUCUACCGCAGUCAUUGGGAGUUACUGUCUUUCACAGCUGAAGAAAUCCGCGAAUUUUGAAAUCCAUGUUGAAUCUUUGUGCAAUUGGAGACGAGGUGACGAAGUUCUGGAGUUAUUAAAGGAAUGGAUAAGAGAUGGGUUAUCUAAGACAGAUCAUGUUGAGCAAAGUGGAGUUAGAUUCAGAGAGCCCAAUACAGAGGAACCUAAAGUGAGGAAAGCAAUUCUAGUGAUAAAUCAUCUACUCCGCACCAAUGCACCUAGGAAACGUCUGUUGGCCAAGAACGAGGUUCAGUUGGUGGAUUUUCUUAAGGAAAUAUCUGGGAUAAAGCUCACUAAAAACUUCAGCUUACUGUGGGUCUACAUAAACUGGUGA